UUCUACGGCUGUCAAUUGGCCCACAAACAUUUUCGAGUGCAAAAUUAUAAAUUAGAGAUAGAUCCUGUAAAUAGAUCCUGAACUUCCUAGGAAUUAUUGUUUUUUAAUGCUACAGAAUGUUUCUUGAACAACCGUUGGACUGAGUUGUGUAUGCCUUGCUAGCUUCUGGUGCGUUGUAAAUUGUACCUUUGAAAUCCGAGGAGCCUUUGGCAUCGAACAGCGUCGGAUGCGAUGUGUCAGUGAUUGAACAGAGCGAAACUGGUUUAAUUACGAAUCGUUAUUUUAGGUGCUGGUCAGCUACGCUGAUGCUAAGCAUUCGAAGUAUGAAGUUCCAUUUAUUAGUACGGCGGAUGAUCACAGUCGCCGUUUUGCUGAAUAUCCCCCACACGCUAGCCGAUGAGCACAAUCAUAUGUACGAUGAUCACGAAGAAAUUGUAUUGUGGAUGAACACUGUCGGGCCGUAUCAUAAUCGGCAGGAAACGUAUGCUUACUUCUCUCUACCGUUCUGUGUCGGCGCCAAACAAUCGAUUAAUCAUUAUCACGAAACAAUGAGCGAAGCACUUCAGGGAGUCGAACUGGAGUUCAGUGGGUACGAAAUUGACUUUAAAGAUGAUAUCAGCCCAACGGAAAUCUGCAUGGUGGAACUGACCGAGGAUAAGCUAAAGGCCUUUGUGUAUGCGGUGAAGAAUCAGUACUGGUACCAGAUGUAUAUCGAUGAUUUGCCGAUCUGGGGUGUUGUUGGCAAGGAGGAAGACAAAAAGUACUACAUUUAUACCCACAAAAAGUUCGACAUCAGUUUCAACGGCAAGCAGAUUGUGGACGUGACGCUUACUCCCGAACACAAGGAGUUGUUGCGUGUCGGGGCCAAAAUUAAGUUCACGUAUGAGGUGAACUGGAAGCAAAGCUCGGUGAAAUUUGAGGAUCGAUUCGACAAGUACCUGGAUCCUAAUUUUUUUCAACACCGUAUUCACUGGUUCAGUAUCUUCAACAGUUUCAUGAUGGUCAUAUUUUUAGUUGGUCUCGUGUCGAUGAUCUUAAUGCGCACCCUUCGUAAAGACUAUGCACGGUACAGCAAGGAUGAAGAAGCAGAUGAUAUGGAGCGCGAUUUGGGCGACGAGUACGGUUGGAAACAAAUUCAUGGGGAUGUGUUCCGUCCGACCUCAAAUGUGAUGCUUUUUUCUGCCCUCGUUGGAGCAGGUUAUCAAUUGACUUCGGUAGUGUUGUGUGUAAUUACAUUUGCAAUUCUUGGCGAGCUUUACACUGAGCGAGGUUCAAUGCUCUCUACAACGAUCUUCGUGUACGCGGCCACGUCGCCUAUCAACGGAUACUUCGGAGGCUCCCUGUACGCCCGGAUGGGUGGAAAGCUGUGGAUUAAACAGAUGCUUAUGUCUGCUUUUGUUGUACCGGCACUCGUUUGCGGGACUGCAUUCUUUAUUAACUUCAUCGCCAUCUAUUAUCAUGCCUCAAGGGCAAUUCCAUUUGGAACGAUGGUUGCAGUCACAUGUAUCUGUAUAUUUGUAAUUUUGCCACUAACGCUGAUCGGUACCAUUGUGGGGCGUAAUCUGGAUGGACAACCAGACCAUCCGUGUCGUGUUAAUGCGGUUCCAAGGCCUAUCCCGGAAAAGAAAUGGUUCAUGGAACCGGCUGUGAUCAUACUUCUUGGUGGGUUGCUGCCGUUUGGAUCAAUUUUUAUCGAAAUGUAUUUUAUUUUUACGUCGUUUUGGGCGUACAAAAUCUACUACGUCUAUGGUUUCAUGCUGCUCGUGUUUUUGAUUCUCAUAAUCGUGACUGUGUGUGUAACGAUUGUCUGCACAUACUUCCUGCUGAAUGCAGAGGACUACCGAUGGCAGUGGACCAGCUUCAUGGCAGCUGCUUCUACUUCGAUAUACGUGUAUAUGUAUUCUUUCUAUUAUUUUUUCUUCAAAACGAAAAUGUACGGAUUGUUCCAGACGUCGUUCUAUUUUGGCUAUAUGGCGCUUUUUUCUGGUGCAUUGGGCAUUAUCUGCGGAACGGUCGGCUAUUUCGGCACAAACGUCUUUGUGCGGAAGAUAUAUUCCAAUGUAAAGAUUGAUUGAAGUCCACAUACCGAGCUUGCGCUAGUACAAUGCAGCAAAAAGUAACGUGGAAUCCCCAUAUCUGUAGAGUACAGAGAGGGUGGUUGGCAGCGAUUGUCAAAGUAUCCGAAAUCUACGACUGAGGUUUAAUGAAUAAAUGGCGAUGAAAAUAGCCGCAGCAGAAUACGGAACUUAUGCAAAAUCUUGUGUAAUUCAUAGUUUAAUUUAGUAUGUUAUAUAAUUGAAAUAGCAAGCAAAAUAACCCUGAAAGCGUAAACGGGGACAUUGAUACAUGGUUACUUUCCAAUGUUACUCUUACUUUAGCGGGAUGAAAAAGCAUUCAAAAGUAACAAAACCCGUUAAUUUCAUCAAAUCGGUACGCAUAGUUUUUCUAUUUCGUACGCCAGAAGAGUAGAUUCUAGAGCAUUUCGUGAUCGCUAGAUCGAGAUUCAAGAAUCUGAAAUGCCCACAGAAUUUAUGAAGAACAGAAUUCAUAGGUAGGGCAAAAUAAAUGUUGCUCUCGUGCGGCUUUUCGUCUCGGAAUCGGAGCUCUAUGCAUGUUACCCGACUGCUUUCGUACUUGGAUCAUGUUUAGUUUUUAAAUAUGGCGUUAUUCCGUGUUUUGCGGGCGAAGAUGAUCAAAAAUAUGAUGAAAAGAUUUGCUGUUGAAGCUGAUGCACCAAAAAAACGAAGUAAAAUAAAAAUAAAUAAAUA